CAGCAAUCCACAACCCCGUACAAGGAUUGCAGAUCCCUGCCACGACUGGGAAUUGCUGUGGGACCGGACUCCGACGCGCAUGUCAUGGCAAGCACGACGUAUUCGUGAUAUAUGCUUCAUGAUAAUAGCAUUAUCAGUACUCCGUACAUCUGGCGUACUCGUGUCUCUCCUCCUUCUGGAUACUCGAGAGGCUAGUGCAUCUAAGCCCCCCAAAGUGUCUACGGAUACGGUCUUCAAGACACUACUAGCACCAGGACUGGUCUGCUCUUAUGGCAGCGCCAGAUACAGUAAUCAUCAUGCCACACGCAUCAAAUAUCACACGUGCCGCCGUUUCGCCAUCCAAGUGGGCGACCAAACCUGUUAAACAAGAAAGUUCCGUGGACGGAGAACACCUGUCGAGCGGAAUAAUAAAUCCUAUCGAUGCUGUCAUACUGAUUGCUAUGAGUCACAUCCACUAUUCUCCGCUCGACACGUUUCUAUCCCGCUGGGGUAAAGGAAGGUUUGUAGCGCGGCUGGUCAACCAUGAAAACCUUCCCCAUCAACCAGCACAAGCAUCUCCCACGACCUCAACGUGUUUGCUAGUACCACGUCACUAUGCCUUGCUGUCAGAUACUAACAUCCGCGUUGGUUCUCACAUACCCCACGUCAGGCUGAGACAUGUCUCGGUUGUUCCUGUCUGUACAUCAGACUAUCGUCUGCCCUUGCAUGUCCUCGAGGGAGUCCACCCGCCUUGUUGAUGCCGUGUCUCUAAGGCUGAAAGGGGAUAACCCCAAAUAUUUUAGCAAUUUUGCACCAGUUGAAGUCGGGUUGUUGGUUUCUCGAGAUAAUCCCUGCCACAUAUGCUACCAGUUCUACAUUAAUGCAGUUGUAUUGCU